AUGAUACAUUAUAUUUCAUACGAAUAUGAAUACGAAUAUAUUGGUUUCAAUUGUUGUCAUAGAUUUUUGACAAGUUUUACUGAAAUUGAUAAAGCUAUAAUUGAGCCCUAUCCACAUUUUGCAAAAGAUAAUCGAGCUUACAAAGCUACUGAUAUUUUAAAGGAUGGUUUCGUUGACUCAAGUAAAUUUGCUGUACAAGCAGUUUCAGAAAUAUAUCAGUUCAAGAAAGGACACGAGCCUGUUGGGAUGAAUGCGAAUUUAGAUGAAGAACUUGAGGCAGAAUUUGAUAAAAUUGAUACGAAACAUGGAGGAAAUGCUUGUAAUGUGACUUUGGAUUUUGAGAAUAAAUAUUUUGAAAACAAAAUUGAGUUGAUUAAAAAUUGUAGAGAGGAAUUCCAGUCAAUUGUUAAUAACACAAUUCAACAAUCUGACGAAUUGGCUAAAUUUGAUGGAGAUUUAAUGGUCCUUAUUAAACAUUGUGGUGACAGGACUGUUGAAUAUAAAUUAAAUUAUUUGAAUAGACUUUUAAAUGAUGUUAUAACUAAUAAAACUGCAAUAGAAAAAACCAACUCCAAAAUUAAAACUCUCGAGGAUGACAUGACAAUGAUUCAUAAUGAAUUACUAAAAUUUGAUUUUGGAAAUAUGAAAAAUAUUGAUUCUACAACAUAUUAA